AAGAGUCCUCAAAAGUAACGCCCGAGUAAAUACUUCAUCACCCGAAGAUCCACGUGUCAGACAUGCGGACUCCAACAGUCACCACAACAUAAAAAACAUUUCAAGUCCGUCCCACAAGAAUCCAAAAAGCUUCCCACUUUCACCACCACCAACAUAAAAUUCAACCUGCACACUCUCUGUCAUUACAUACAACUACAACAGUAUCUCUGUCUCCCCCCUCCACUACUCUCUCUCUCUCCCUAUGUGUUUUUAGUGUGUGAUUUCUCCACCUCUUCACAUUCCACUGUUUGAUACACACCCCUUUGUUCUCUUUUCUCAGCUGUGUCAAAUGUCAGGACCAGCAUUUAAGAAAGUGUUGGAGAACAGGCAAGAAGAAUGCAGUUCCGGGACUCUGGUGACUGCUCCAAACAGAAUGGGAACUUUGAAGGAGAGCUCCGAAGUAAUUGUCAGAGGGCUUCAUCAACGGAAGGUGAUGAUGCAAAGAUAUUGUCUAUAUAUGACAUUUUAUGUCCAGGUAAGUGGAGGUGGCUUUUACAAUCUAGGCUCGGAAGAUGAAGCAGUUGAACAUCUACUAACCGAACUGGUACCUGAAUACAUUGAUGCGGUUAGGAAUGUCCUACAAUUUGACGCAUUUGGUCUGUAUAAUUGCUUUGGUUCUGGACCGUUACCACUACCUGACAAUAGGCAUCCAGAAUCUGCUGCAGAUAAACCGAAUAUCAGUAAUAUGCUGCAUGAGAAGGCGACACAAAAACAAAAGACUACACAGCUUUCUAUUGUGAAGUCAGAAGGCAACAGUGAAGGUCACCACACCAUGUCUUCUACAACAAAUGAUCUUCCUGAUACAUAUGAAGACUACCUCUUGGAUGCUGAAUACCUGGAGUGUGGUACUGACAUGAACCCUGUCCCGAGCAGAGGACAUUCCACAGAAAACUUACAUUUAGAUCAGCAGUGUAAAGAUUCAAGUCUAAGCCACUGUAAUGUCAUGUAUGAGGGAUGGUGUACAUCAAGCAAGUUAGUGUCCGAAGCUAAUGAAAACUCAUUUUCGCCUAACAAGAUGACAGUUGAUGAAAGGAUAUCAGUUUCAUCAGAAGAGGAUAUGAUUUUGACAAGUGCAUCCAAUCCUCUAACUGGAGUGUUUAAUUUCAGAACUAAGCCAAGGAGUCGACACAUGAGGAGGUACAGGCAUACUAAUUCUAACUAUUUGAAAACAUUUUCUGUGGAGGAUACCUGUUUUUCGUCUAGUGUACCUGACAUGAAAGAGAAGGUGAUUGUGAAUGUCGUCAGAGGGAAAUAUAAGCCAGCGCAGCAGAGAUACACUAGUCGAUCAAUAGCUAAGAGUUCAAGAUUUUCGAGUAGAACAUGUGAAUAUUCUGCAGUUUCAAAGGAUAUGAUUCGGCCUAAAAAAUCUGUUAGACAAUGUCCUCGAGAAGGAUUAAGGCCAAGAGUGUUAAUACAUGGUUCAGGGAAGAAAAAUUCUGAAGCUGCUUCGACUGGGGUGCUAUCUGGUGUACCGCUUGAGCAAAGGUCGAUGGAAAAGGGAAAUGAGUUUGAAGAUUCUGCAGAUAGCGUAUCGGCGGGCUCAGAUGUGGACUUCAAUAUAGGACUGUGUUCUGUAGAAUCUCAGGAGACCAGUUCUGAGGGAAGCUUUCUUUCAGCAGCUAAGACUCACAAGAGUAAUAAUAGUAAGAGACAGCGCCAUAUACCAUGGUCUCAUGAAGAGGUGCUACAGCUGGUUAAUGGCGUUUCUAAACAUGGAGUUGGAAAAUGGACUGAUAUAAAGAAGGUGUCUUUUCCAUUAUCUCCACACCGCUCAGCGGUUGAUCUCAAGGACAAAUGGCGAAAUCUUGUGAGAGCUAGCUGCAGAUUUUCUGAGAGGAAGAAAAGGGUUGGAAAAGGAAAAUAUUGGGAGACGCAAUAUCUACCAGACGACAUUCUGCAUCGAGUUAAGGAGCUGUCAUGUAUAUAUCCAUACCCCAGGGAGCGCAAUUUCAAGGUUUCUCAGAAUGUAGGUUUCUCAGCUAACGUUUCUGUCCAGAACUGUGACAAAUUUAUGCCAUUUUCCAUGACUCUUAAAGUAUAGAUAGUAUAUAGAGGAAGAUGGCAGUUGUUCAGAUAUUAGGCAAUAUGUUAAUAGAUACAUGUGGUCCAAGUGGUAUCUGCAAGUAGAGUUUAACUCUAACCAUAAAUUCUCUUUUGCAUAGUUGUCUAUCUUAGGCUAAUAUUGCUGACAAGGCGGCAUGAGACAACUGUACUCCAGUAUUGGUAUCGGAGUUGUUUUUGUACAGAUCUAUGAUAUCAAUCUAUUGUCGCCACUUCAUACCAGUGCGUGUUAGUUUCAUCAACAUUCCUGCAAGGUGUUCCGGUCGUUACUGUUAUUUUAUAUGGAAUUCACUGUUAUGUCUUUUCUGAUGGAGGUUUUUGUUAUAUGGUGUGGCGAGGUAUGGAUGUGUAGGUAUGGAUGUGUAGGUACUGAAGUUUACUUUUCCCAAGUUUGGCUGUUGAUUUUAUGAUAAUGUAUAUUUUCUUUUUAGUAUAUACCUGUGAUGCAAUAAAUUGAUAAUGCAAUGUUACUAGUCUAGCUUGUAGCUUAUACCUAUGUUCUUGUCGGAUAAAAUUCCUUGUUUUUCUUGUAAGAGG